AUGAAUUCAAAUACAGAAGUUGCCAUUUUCAGUCCCAAUUCCAGGGCUUCAAAAGCUGAGAGGAAUAAAGCAAGCUAUCUCCUGAGGAAAAAACAUUUUCAAAGACAAUUGGCACAUCAAUUCUACGCUCUGGGCUGUAUUCUCAUCGUUAUUCAGUAUGUUAAAUAUGGUACUACGAUAGUGGCACUGGUCGUUCGAGCUUUAGUUAUGGCAUUACUAUUUACUCCGUUUCCUGAUGAUUCGCAAUUGAGACAAAUGGUUCAUACAUCUAACGUCUCUGGAUUUAUAAGUUCAAGGUUUACGAGUGGUAAUGAAACAGAUAAUGAAAAUACUGGUGAUAAUCAGGGCGAAGGACAAAAUAACAUGCCUGGAGCAUUCCCUGGGAGUGGAUUGGAUGCUACAGUUUCAGAAUUCAUGGAAGAAGCCGAGGUGCAAACGCUGAAGUUGAAGAUAAGGAAAAUGAUAUUUCACAGUUCCUUUACCUUGAAUUUAAUUUUUAUAAUAUUCACUAUAAUAUAUCCUACGGAUUAUUUAAGUGCUGUUUCGAAUGGUAGUAAAUUAGAUGAAGAGGACCUCAAGAACAUCGCAUCGCCCUUCAAUAAUGGAAAUGGAGUAAUACAAGGGGAAAGACAUGGCUCUGGAAUAUAUUUGCAAAUGAUUGGACAAUCAUUACCUAGAACCAAUUUCUCAGGAAAUUUAGGAAGUAUUUUAUUUGAUUUUUUGAUAUUGUUAGUUCAAUUUUCACUCUUCACCUUAACAUGUGUCAAUUUCACUAAUUUAGAUAAACAAGCUCCGAUACAAGACCAAAGGGAAGAAAUAAGCGACGGAUUUGAUGGAAAUGUAUUUCUGACAAACAUUGAUCUUAAUUUCUCUUUAACUUGUCUUCUAUCUCCAACUGAAGAAGACGUGGAAGAACCUUUUGGAGAAGUCUAA